AUGAGCUCUUCUACUGUUGUUCUCGUGCUCUCCGCUCUUCUCUUGGCCCACCUCACCGAUGCGCUGUUCAAUGUGGUCGGCAGCACUCAAACGGUAACGGUAACCGGACGAUUGGUGUGUCAGGGACAGCCAGCCAGCAAUGUGCUUGUCAAGAUGUACGAGGAUGGAACUAGUGAGUGUCGAUUCACGUGUUCUUCUAUGCAUUAAACGUUUGCAGUCUACGACUCCAAACUCGACUCGACGAAGACGUCGACAGACGGAACGUUCCGCGUCUCGGGCUCCUACACAAAGAUUCUGACGAUGGACCCGAAGGUGAACAUCUACCACAAGUGCAACUACAACGGUGUGUGCUCCAAGAAACUGACCAUCAACAUUCCGGACUACGCCGUCGCCUCGGGCUCCGGAUCCUCGACCAACUACGACAUUGGCACGUUGAACUUGGCGAAUCAGUUCAGCGGCGAAUCCACUGAUUGCAUCCACUAA